CCUCUGUCUCUUAAAAGUUUGACUGAUAAAGGUUCUGAGUUAAGCUCAGGGCUCCCUGAAGACAGCUACUCUUCAGGAGGUGAAGUCUUGGAGGGUGAUGAUGAGGAUGAAACAGCAGCCCCUGGCAACGUGGUGGAAGAGGCAUCGAGCUCGAAAGCUGGCCCAGGUGCAGGAUGGGCAGAUGCCAUGGCAAAAGUGCUCAACAAAAAGAUUCCACAAAAUAAGUCCAUCAUCUUGGCUAAAAGUAAAAAGCUGGAGAAAGAGAGAGAAAAGGAAAAACAGGAAAGAUUGGAGAAGAGGAGGAAGCUCGAUAAAAAGCGGGAGUGGGAAAUGAUGUGCCGAGUGAAGCCAGAUGUUGUCAAAGACAGAGACAGAGAGAGAAAUCUUCAGAGAAUUGCCACGAGAGGUGUUGUACAGUUAUUUAAUGCUGUCAGGACGCACCAGAAGAACGUUGAUGAAAAAGUGAAGAAAGCUGGGAGGUCUGACAGGCAGCGUGCUAAACUGAUGUCAUCUGUUUCAAAGAAAGACUUCAUUAAUGUUCUGCGAAGCAUGGAAGGUGCUAAAGGAAACCAGAAUCCCUCUGGAAAGGCCACAAAAAGUAAACAGGGUGAAAUGAAGUCUGAAGAGGGGCCAGAAUGGAAUAUACUGCGUGAUGACUUCAUGAUGGGAGCAUCUAUGAAAGAUUGGGACAAAGAGAGUGACGGAGAGAGCAAUAUUGGUCUCAAACAAGAAAAUGAAAGUGACUGAUGAGUGAAAGUGAAAAGCAUUCAAGAUAAAACAUUAUCUUCUUUGUCUGGAUAAGAAGUCAACAUUCUGUGAAUGUACAACACUUGGAGGAUGUCUUUCUUCUUUUUUUUAAAGAAGGUAGAGACUUGCACAAGUUUGGGGUGCGUUUUCUCCUCCACUUCAAACUUUUAUUUAAUACAGCUUCAUUCACUGUACUGAAAUCCUGAAAUAUUUUCCAAAACAUGUAUAAUUUUCAACAUAUUUCCCAAACAUUUGUACAGUCAAAAUAGUGGCACCUGCCCAAUGAAAGAUGGAUUUUGCCAAGGUCAUUAAAAGUUUAUACAUUAGUCAUGGCAAUUGAUGUAUUAGUGCGCCUGCAUUUCCAAAUCAGUGUUGCACUUUGAAAAGUUGUUAGCAAUUCGCAAUAGAAAUGGCUUACAAUAAACACAGAAAUGCUGUCACCUUGUAAAGUUAUCGGACUCCUACAGAGUCUUUAUUACUUUGGCCAGGAAAGGUUUUGUAGAUAAUAAAGAAAAGUAACCAUUAAUGUGAUAGUUCUGGUCUUGGAGCGUUGGUUUGAUUGGAGACAACUAUGGAAAUACAAUUGUAAAAAGAGAGACUUGACCCUACUGAUUGGCUUUGUGUGUGUGUAUAAUAUGUUUUUUUUUUUUUCCAUUGCAAGUCUGAAGUUAUAUAUCUUAAGAGACUGGUAAGAAAGGAAAUGACAGUCAUUGCUAUUGUUUUUAUUGGGGUGGUGAUUCUAGUAAUGCUGAAUAAAAUUGCAUUCAGUGUUACUCUA